GCGGGGGCAGAUAGAGUGGAUCGUUCGUCCUCGACAGCGCCGAGAACCUCAAAUAAGGAUUUGUUUUAAUCGAGCUGUAUCGACGCACAGCUCCCGCUUUCGUUUCAUUUUCGCCUGCUCGGUGUUCGAAUGUGACAAACGGAACUUUUCGCCUCAGUGGAGUUUAGAAAGCUGUCUUUUCAAAUAUGGACAGUCGGCGAACUGCUACAGGGAGCGACGGGUCGGUGUUCACUCAGAUACAGGAAUAAAACUGCAGACUUGCAGCUGGGACUUUUUACUGGAUGUUUGAUGAAGCGCUUCGCAAAUCUGAUCAGUUCUGGGACACUGUGGAUUUACCAGGUUGGAGGACGGAUAGACACUUGUGAUUCCCGGUCGACGAUAAGAAGGAUUUACGCAUCUGAAGUUGCAGGAAAAGCAUGGAGACUGUAAGUCGGCCGAGCUUCCAGCCUCAUCCGGGACUGCAACAAACUCUCAAGCAGUUUCACCUCAGCUCUAUGAGCUCUUUGGGCGGACCGGCUGCUUUCUCUGCUCGGUGGCAGCAUGAGCUACUCUUUAAGAAGGACGGCAAGGAGCCCGAGCCAGUUCUGCAGCAUCUGCCGCCGCCCGUGAUGCCGGGCCCACUCUUCAUUCCGUCAGACCGCUCCACUGAGAGGUGCGAGACGGUUCUGGAAGGGGAGACCAUCUCUUGCUUUGUGGUCGGCGGGGAGAAACGACUGUGCCUGCCGCAGAUCCUUAACACGGUGCUGCGGGACUUCACCCUGCAGCAGAUCAACUCGGUGUGCGACGAACUGCACAUUUACUGCUCCCGGUGCACGGCGGACCAGCUGGAGAUCCUCAAAGUCAUGGGGAUCCUGCCCUUCUCGGCGCCGUCCUGCGGUCUCAUCACUAAGACGGACGCAGAACGGCUCUGCAACGCCCUGAUCUAUGGAGGCGCUUACCCGCCGCGCUGCAAGAAGGAGCUGAACGGAGGCUCGCUGGAGCUGCAGUUCACCGACAGGAGCUUCAAAGUCUAUCACGAGUGCUUCGGCAAGUGCAAAGGCUUGUUCGUGCCGGAGCUGUACACCAGCCCGAACGCAGCGUGCAUUCAGUGCAUGGACUGCAGACUCCUGUACCCGACCCACAAGUUCGUGGUGCACAGCCAUAAGGCGCAGGAGAACAGGACUUGCCACUGGGGCUUCGACUCGGCCAACUGGAGGGCGUACAUACUCCUGGGCCAGGAUUACACAGAGAAAGAGGAGAAGGCCCGUCUGGAGCUCUUCCUGGACGAUAUUAAGGAGAAAUUCGACUUCGCCAACAAGUACAAGAGAAAAGCAUCAUCCAAGGUGUCUGAUUCCAUCCCAAUGAAAAAGUCGAAACAUGAAGACCUCUCAUCACAGUCUCCCCUGGCUGACAAAGAGAAGCAGCAUGACUGGUUGCAGUCCCUGUCUGCUCCCAAAAAGGGGCUUAAUUGCAUUCAGCCCAGGCAGAGGCCAUCAGCUUUUAGACCCUGGUCCCCCCACAUCUCUGCUGGUGAUAAGGAGCCCUCCAGUAACCCGCUGGCCCUGCUGAGAGACAGCUUCUACAAUUACAGGAGCUUGGAAAAUGCAGUGGCUCCCAAUGUUGCCCUCACUCCGCUACCACUGGCGAAGGUAGGGUCUAUGUCCUCGUCAAUACAGAGCACCUCCCAUCCAAGUGGAAGUGAACCUCCAGGUGAGGGUGCACACCCCAAUACCAGGCCUCGCAAGAGAAGAGCCACAGAGGAGCUCCCAGCCCCAGUGCAAGAAAAUCCUGGCCCUUUGCCAUCAGCAGCCAGCAAACUGCAACUUCCUCAGGAUGACAAAGACUCUGAGGUGGAGAUCGAAGUGGAGAGCCGCGAUGAAUUUGCUUCAUCCAUAUCCUCCCUCUCGUCGCCAUCUUUCACCUCGUCCAGCAGCUCAGCCAAAGACUUGAGCCCGCCAGGUGCCCAAGGUCCUGUAUGCACAAUCACAUCGGUUGAAGGCACAGCCCCUGGAGUCACAUCCAUUACAGCACCAGUCCCUGCCACCCCUUUAGAGCCUGGACUGGAGUCAGAGCUGGAGAGCCUGAGGCAGGCGCUGGACAGUGGACUGGAUUCCAAGGAGUCAAAGGAGAGGUUUCUGCACGAGAUCGUGAAGAUGAGGGUGAAGCAGGAAGAGAAGUUGGGAUCAGCCCUGCAGGCCAAACGCAGCCUUCAACAGGAGUUGGAGUUCUUGCGGGUGGCCAAGAAGGAGAAGCUGCGGGAGGCGACCGAGGCAAAGCGCAACCUCAGGAAGGAAAUUGAGCGUCUGCGAGCUGAGAGUGAGAAGAAGAUGAAGGAAGCCAAUGAGUCAAGGAUCCGCCUGAAACGGGAGCUAGAGCAGGCCAGACAGCUGAGGGUCUGUGAUAAAGGCUGCGAGGCCGGACGACUCCGCGCAAAGUAUUCUGCACAGAUUGAGGACCUCCAGAUGAAGCUGCAACAUGCUGAGGCUGACCGUGAGCAGCUCCGAGCUGACCUGCUGCAGGAGCGAGAAGCUAGGGAGCACCUGGAGCGGAUGGUGAAGGAGCUACAGCAGCAACUCUGGCCCAAAUCAAGCAGCAACAAAGAUGGGACACCCAAGGACAUGCUCACUAACAACUAACCAAGCAGCCAACCUCACAAGCUUAAUCAUUUCCCCUUGUCACCAUGAUUGCUGCCCCCAAAAACAUCCCAUGGUUAUUUUAUAUCAUGACACAUUCAGGAGUCCUAGACCACACAUAAGUACCACUGUCCCAUGUUUGCCACCAACCACACAGAACAAAAGAAGUAAAAGACUUUGAGAAGAGAGAGAGAGAGAGAGAGAGAAGAAAUGAGAAGCUGUGUCCUUGUACAUGAAAAAUCUAGUGGUACCCUUGAUGAAUGAAUGAAAGCAUGCAUUUUCUGAAGCACGGACCUUCUGAACUCACAGAACUGUAAAAUGGAUCACAGUGAACAGAUCUAUAGUGCUCAGUGUGGUCGUGAUGGAUUUUCCUUGACAAGGACACAAGGGGAGACUUUUGGACUGUGGUAUAAACUGAUAAGUUGAUCAUAUAUCAGUUAUGCACCUGUUGGGAGGUGUUACAGCAAUUUAGCCAGGAGGGAAAGCAUCCACCACUGUCUCCUGCCACAAUGAAGCUGUAGGAGUUUGAAGACAUUAUAAGCUAUUUUAGAAAUUAUAUAGCGAUAUGUAAAGAAAACAAAAGAUUUUUUCUUUUUUCUGUGCUAUUGGAGUGUGAAACUUUAACAAGAUACACAAGAAUUAGAAAGAAGUAGAACAGAACAAAUGGACUUCCCACAGUGCCACAGGGGUUUUGUUGGUUUUUCAGGAAGCCAGCGCAGCCCAUUGAAUCCCCAAACCCUAGAUUGGUAUUGGAUAUAAAAACAUGUGAAGUUAAUCUUUUAACAUCCAGUAGGUCUCUGGUGACAUGUCUAAGAUUAGGUUUGGGUUUUGUUUCAGCUACAUGCUAAAUAGGCAAAUAUUCUGAGACUGGAAGAUGUUACAUUUCAAAUAAAGUCUCAAAAGAUUAUGGCAGUAUCGUUUGAAAAGGGGUGGAUGUUAACAGAUCCCUAACUCUAACCUUACAUGAGCCAACAAUUACCUGGUGGAUGUUUAAAAGGUAAAGGCACCUUUUAUUUUUAAUGAGCACUUUUUUGGAUGUUCUGUAUCCAGCAGUCUCUCUCACACAGGUUGCCAUUAUUAUUAUUAUUUUUGUUUGGGUCAAAACCCUGAAAUCUUUAUCUUCUAAAGAGAAAAUACUCCAGAUGUAAGUGUGGCCUUGUUUAACAGCAUGUUUUUACUCCAAUCUGUGAAGUCACAGCGGGCUGGGUGGAUACUCCUGUCAAUAAUCACAAAAUGUUCAUUUUAAUUAAAUUAAGGUAUGUACAUAUAAAUACGUUUUUUACUUUACAAUAAUAAAUCGCACUUUCUCAUGAGGAAAAAAACCCAUCGUACUCCCACUAUUUUCAGCAAUCUUUCUUUGAAAACAUCAUCAUAUACACAACUGCUACCAUAUGGCAUUUUGUUGAUUAUAUGCAUUUCCAAUAAGUACUGCUGCUCUGUUUUCAUAAGGCAAAGUAUUGUAAAUAAAGAAAAAAAAGUGUUGGGCAGCACAUUCUCCUGUCUGUGUAAAAUAAUUUGGGUACCCAAUCUAACAACACAAAGCUGAAUGGAUAUAGGAGCAUGAACAAAAAUUGUAUUCAGAAGCCGGAGGCUGUGAAUCUGCCACCACACUGUGGAUGCAAUACAACCGGAAUGUACAUUGUGUUAAUGCUAGUUUUCCUUUAAUUAUUGAUGUUGUUUUAAAUGUGAAGAUAUUUUAUUACUUGUCUGUUAUGUUGAAGUCUUUAUCUUCUAAGGAAAAAGAUUUCAACAUAAUUGUUAUGUUCACAUUUUUCAAUAGAAAACUCAUUUUCUUUAUGCAUGAAAUUUGAGAAAGUUUGCCAUACAUAUAGUCAGUUAUUGGGCACUGAUACUGUAAAUGUAAGGGUUUUAUUGUGUUAUGCAAUGUAAAGCAAUUUGUCUUAUUUAGAAAUGCUAUUGGGGGGGGGGGGGGGGGCAACAAACCGUAUAUUGUUCUUACGCAAAAAGAAAAAAAUCACACAUGUAAAAAGACGGCAAAAACAAAGGAAAAAAUAAUCAAUACAAUGCCGGACAACCUUAAGUGCCUGAACGUGGGCGACAGGUUUCAAGAGUAGGAAAACUGAAAGCUUAAGCUGUUAGAGAUGGGGGUAUCUCAUCAAUUUCCUGAUUGCAGGUGUCAAAUUAAAGAACCUUCCCUUGCUCGGCAGCUCUUUUUAAUCAGUGUUCCUAGAAUUAACCAGUUUACAGAAAUUUAUUUUUCAAUGCAGUGAACAAACUGAACAAAAGCUAAAAUGCUUCAGGCUUUUUUCUGAAUGAUUGUUCUUUUGUUUGUUUGUUUUUUUUCCCUUCGCUUGAAAUCAACAUGUGUAUGUUGAGACAAUUUUUCUAGAAGAAAAGCCACUUGCUUUGGUGAAUUGUUACUUUGGCUUGUUCAAAAAGACUUAAUGAGAACUUUGGCAGACCAAAAAUUGGUACAUUUUGUAGUUGUUUUUACAAAAUAGCUAAUGGCCUUACAUUGUGGUUUUCUACAAAUCAGGGGAAACAAUAACGAUAUUUGGCUUUUCGUUCUCCUGAAAUAAAAAAUAAUUAAAACAACUUAUUUUCUAAAGAACGAGGCAGCAAUAACACUCCAUAUUAAUAUACCAAUACUAGCCAGUGUGAAGAUUUGAAUAAGAAUUUACAAAUGUAAAUAUUUUUUCCUUUUAUAGUAUUGUAAUAAUAUAUGUACAUUGGUGUUUCCUUUUUCAAAAACAAUUUUUUUUCUUACAAUAGCUGUUUUGGGUUUGGGGGAUUUUUUGUUUGUAAUUUUGUGUUUUAAACUGAGAUGUUUCAAAAGCAGUUAAUGAAGUGGGUAAGAGAACGUUAGUCCAUCUCCUUUUUUUUUCUUUUUUUUUUUUUUUUUACUGUAGAGUCUUUAUAUUGAAUGACUUUUUUCCACCAAUCAUGUAUUUUUAACAGUGUGUUCAGUAUCUCAUAGCUGACCUGCAGUAUAGGUCAUACACACUAUACCAACUACACCACCUUGCAGAUCAUUUCCCCCUCAUCCUCAAGUAUCUUUUUAGCCCUGUGCUGCUGCUAAUACUAUAUACAGUACUAGAAAUAUUUUUAUGUAAGAAGUAAGCUUUCCCAUUUAUUAAUGCCACAUAUACAGUAUGAAAAAAGGCUUGGCUUAUCCAUCUGUUUCCCUUGUUUCUUUCAUCAUUUCUUGCCUUUUUCUUCCAAUGCCACCAUUCCCUUCUCUAACAACACGGACUAUAUUGUAAAGUAAAGGACUUUAUGAGAUUAUGUUUGAAAAUAGCUACGCUUAUAUACUACAGUGACUGAAUGUACAGUGUAUAGAUGCAUUACCAGAAAUAAAGUUGUUUGUCCA